UAAACACUUAUUGUGUUGUUCUACUUAUCUUGAACUAACAUGCCUGAACCAGCGAAGUCCGCUCCUAAGAAGGGCUCCAAGAAGGCCGUCACCAAGACCGCCGCUAAAGGAGGAAAGAAGCGCAGAAAGUCCAGGAAGGAGAGCUACGCUAUCUACGUGUACAAAGUGCUGAAGCAGGUCCAUCCUGACACCGGCAUCUCUUCGAAGGCGAUGGGGAUCAUGAACUCUUUCGUCAACGACAUCUUCGAGCGCAUCGCCGGUGAGUCGUCUCGUCUCGCUCACUACAACAAGCGCUCCACCAUCACCUCGAGAGAGAUCCAGACCGCCGUGCGUCUGCUGCUGCCCGGAGAGCUGGCCAAACACGCCGUGUCUGAGGGCACCAAGGCCGUCACCAAGUACACCAGCUCCAAGUAGAUCUCCGCUUCGACUCCGAGACACAAAGGCUCUUUUAAGAGCCACCCAUCUCAUCACUUAAAGAGCUUACAGUAUAUAAUAGUCAUUGGCUAUAUCUAAAGUAUACAUAUUUGGCCGAUAAGACCCGUUGUUCUACACCGCAGUCCUAUAUCACGGUGGUAACGGUUUUUGAGAUAGUUCUGUAAAAGACGAAGGUAUUUGGGGUUUGAACUCUGUAUGUGACCAAUGGGCUUGAUCUGUUCUUCUGUGUAAUUCUAUGAUUCUGAUGACUUUAUCAAAGCUUUUUGGGCAU